AUUCUUUAUUUGCCUGGUGUUGAGACAAAUUGUGAUUACACACAAUUCAAGCUAAAUCAGCCUAAUUUGCCAUUUUCUACAUUCAAAAUAAACAAGUUCGACUGUAACGCAUCUUAAAUUAAUACUCAGAGAAAAAUAAACCCGGGUUCACGUAUAAUGAAUAUGCACUGCUUACUUUUUAGAUUGCUGUUUGUGUAACACACAAUUAUACUCUCACACUGUAUAGAGAUUCUCAUGUUUCCCUCAAAGGCCCAGCACUGCAAGAGAUUCCAAUCAGGAAAACACAGUGAGCUCUGUUGCCGCUCAGAGGGUGUGCUCUUAAAAAUAGGUCCCGGUUUUGCCCCAACCUAUCUGCUGGGAGGUUCAUAGGUCACUGCUGUCUCAUGUUUAUAAACACUGUCUUGCCGACAGCCGUGAAGUCAGCUUGUAACCACACUUAAUGUCCGCAGCGUAGAGUCAGAACUCCUCGGCUAAUCUUAAUUUCACACACAGUGGGGACCAGAAGUGAGGGGACAAUGCGAGUCCACGUGCACACCAAGUUCUGUUUCCUGUGUGUGCUCACCUUCCUCUUCCAUCAGUGCAACCACUGCCACGGAGAAGGCCACAGCCAUCAGCACAGUGAACAUCCCCAUGACGGCCAUGACCACGUCCACAGCGACCUGCAGAUUUCUGAGGCUCCAUACAUGAGCGGAGCCACUGUGUCGCCAGAGUCCAAGGGUCCCCGAGGGGAUAGUCUAGAGGAGGAGCAGCGUUUCUACAUCCAGCAGCUGUUCAGCCGCUACGGCCAGAAGGACCGGCUAGAUUUCAAGGGAUUUCAGAGUCUGCUCUUUAGCCUGGGUUUGGGUGAAGUGAAGGUGGUAGGUGCGGAUCACGAGGAACUGGGCCAUGACCAUGUAGCCCACCUUGACUUGGUGGAUAUACAAGAGGGGCUUCACUCACAUUCAUCCAACGAAGACCAUGAUCAUGGUCACGGGCAUGGGCACGGGCAUGGUCAUCAAAACCACAAGCCCGGCUCCGACCAUCUGCACACGGCAGAGGCUACCACAGGGUGCAGCCAGCAGCCCACUGCUGCCAGUCCAGCUGCUGGUGCACCUACAGGGCAUGACCAUAAACAUGAUCAUGGCCACAAUCAUAGACAUGAUGCAGAACGUAAUCAUAAUCACAGCAAGGUAAAGGAUAGUGACCAUAAACAUUCUGAUGGACAUGUGCAGGACACACAUGAUCACGAUCAUGAAAACAACCAUGAUCAGGUGGUACAUGACAAACAGCACAAACAUGAGCAGGUACAGGUGCAGUCGAACCCCAAGGACAUAACUUCUCAACCUCAUAGUGAACAUGACCAUGGUGAUCAUGACCAUGGUGAACAUGACCACAGUACACAUGACCAUGGUACACAUGAACAUAACCAUGGUGAUCAUGACCAAAAUGAACAUGACAGCGGCCACAAUCAUGCCCAUCCAGUACAGACUGGCACAGACAGUCCUCUCAUCGACCAGGAGCAGGUACCCACUGUCCAUUCGGGGACGUCCCCAAUCCCUCAGGAGACCUCUCCUGCCCCAAUAGAAAGCAAGACCAAGAAGCCCAGAAAUCCAGCGCGGGUCAGAGGACAGCGUGGGCGAAACAAAACCUCUUCUCCCAUAUCUCCAUCUGAUGACCAUGACCACAAACAUGGACACGGACACAGUCAUUCUCAUAAACGUAGGAGAGAAGCACCAGGAGGGCCCGCCACCACCACUAUGCCAGCCCCCGUCCUGCCUGGGCAUCCAGGUGGAUUUUUACAUCAGCAUGAGGAGUGUUUGAACCUGACGGAGCUCCUCACCUACUAUGGCCUGAAUCCCGAAUCACUAAUCUCCCCCAGCCAGUUCACCUACCUGUGUCCUGCCCUGCUCUACCAGAUUGAUAGCCGCGUUUGCAUCCGCCAUUACCACCAGAUGGAUGUCGAGCAGGAAGCCUUGGAGAACGUCAGUACUGUGAUGGUCUGGGUCUGGGGCUUUGUGUCCAUCACCAUCAUCAGCCUGCUGUCUCUGCUGGGCGUGGUGCUCGUGCCCAUCAUCAACCAAGGCUGCUUCAAGUUCCUGCUCACCUUCCUGGUGGCGCUGGCAGUGGGAACGCUCAGUGGCGACGCUCUGCUUCACCUGCUCCCCCAUUCUCAAGGGCAACACAACCACAGCGAGCCUCGGACGAGCGACAAGACGGAUAUGCUCACAGAAUUCGAUGGAGUGUGGAAGGGGCUAACAGCGCUGGCCGGCAUCUACCUCCUCUUCAUCAUUGAACACUGCAUCGGCAUGUUUAAGGUCUACAAAGACCAACGGGUCUUGAAGAAGUCAAGCGAGGAGGGAAAGAUUGGCAGGAAGUUGUCAGACCACAAGCUAAAUCGGCGCUCGGAUGCAGAGUGGCUGCACCUGAAGCCGCUCAGCGAAGACCCUGACAGCACGGCUGUCUCCUGUGACAACGGAUACAACGACACACAGCUCACAGAGUUCCAACCCCCCGACUCUCCCACUAACAAGACGCCGCUGGCCCCCGCACUCCCUCAACCGGACGAGCCGUCACCCGCCAAGGAGGACGGACAUAAGACCAAGCAGCACAGACACGGCCACGGCCACUCUCAUGGGGGGAACUGCCACUCAGACCAGGAGAUGAAGGACGCUGGGAUAGCCAGCAUCGCCUGGAUGGUCAUAAUGGGCGAUGGCAUGCAUAACUUCAGUGACGGCCUGGCAAUAGGUGCAGCGUUCAGUGCAAACCUGACAGGAGGCAUCAGCACAUCAGUGGCGGUUUUCUGUCAUGAAUUACCUCAUGAACUUGGUGACUUUGCCGUGCUGCUGAAAGCCGGGAUGUCAGUGAAGCAGGCCAUCGUCUACAAUCUGCUGUCCGCCCUCAUGGCCUACGUUGGCAUGAUGAUUGGCACCGUCGUGGGCCAGUACACACACAGUGUCACCAACUGGAUCUUCGCCAUCACAGCCGGCAUGUUCCUUUAUGUGGCUCUGGUGGAUAUGCUGCCAGAAAUGCUCCACGGGGACAGUGAGGAACACAAGCGCAGCCAGAUGGGACACUUUGUGCUGCAGAACCUGGGCAUGCUGACCGGGUUCGGCAUCAUGUUGCUCAUCGCCAUCUUCGAAGACCAAAUCGUUUUCGAUUUUGGCUUCUUGUAGAGUAGAGGGGGAGGGGAGGGGAGGGCUGGAUGUUUCACCGUCGCCCCUCUUGGCCUUCACAUGCUUUGUCUGCAUCGUAGCUGCCCAGUCUUGCAUGCAGCUUGAGUCUCGUUCAUGGACCGUGCCUCCAUUCCAGCGGUAGUUCACGCACAUCUCAUGACUCCGCUUAGUGAUGUUUACAUUCUGCUCCACCGUCGCUGUCAGCUCCAAUCUGUCUGCUCCCCGUGCAGCACAAGAAAAAAAGGACCAGAUGAAAGAAGAGCGAAGCUGCACUCCGACCAGGAAACCCAAUCUUUAACAGAAAAUCUAAUCCAGGUGGUGCAGGUCCCGUGUUGCUGCGGAGACGCCGCUGUCACGGGCCGGCAGCUCGCCGCCGGUCCAUCAUAACCUGUUGCUUGUUGUCGUCGUAGUCGUCUCUUUUGCAUCCUGUGCUGUGUCCCAUGUCCUCAUACAUCUGUGGUGUGUGUCCCUCUCAUCACUACCAACUGUUGAUGUCAUCACGCCACGUGCCAAGCCCCGGCCACUGGAGCAGCGCAGCGGCGAGGAGCUCAGCUUCGCGUGCCGCCACAUCGGGAACAAACCCUUCAGCUCUGUGUUUUCUUUAAGCUGCAGCAUCAAACUUAGAGAAGUGUUCGUCUGAAUGACCCGACAGGCUCAGUGUUAUUUCUUCUCCUCCAACUUUCUCCAUGUUUCCUUUUGAAUAAUGUUUAAUUGCCGAAUUAGAUAUUUUUGGGAUUAAUAAACCUUUUUGUUGUACAGUUGAACUAACAGCUGCCAAAGCUUUUAUAAAUUAGUCUUUACAGAUCUUUGCUUUAGUUUUGACAAUCUGUAGCCAGAGGAGACAUAUCAUUGUUAGAACUUUAUAUUUUAUCUUUUUCUACAAGAAUCAGCUGAUUCAGAAUGUGAAGAACUCCUCGUUCUGUUCAUCAGAUAGUGUCGUAGUUUACUUGAUUUACUUCAGGCGACCAACACUUACCCACCGCGGGAGGUUGUCACACGACCGCUGGACUUGAUGACGUACUGUAAGUACACGGGGUCUUUUAUCGUGUCAGUAGCUGAGCAGCUAAAAGCAAAAGUUCCGUUCCUACUAAAAGCUUUGAAAGUUUCCUUCAAACGUCGUGACAAUCGGAGCCGGAGCGGGAAAAGAGAACAGCCGCCAUGUCACAGUGGAACAACAAACGAGCAUUCCCUGCACUUGUGUCAAACCACACGAGAAAAGAUUAUUAUUAUUAUUAUUAUUUGUAUGAUCAUUCCUCGUGAAUACAUUAAAGUGCCAAACUGGACCACGUGUGGGAUUUCAGUGGCCUGUGCUUGACGCUGCUGCCCCCCCCCUUUCCAUGCUUCCCCAUUUCACAUUCCAUUGGUUGCUCGAGUGGCUCACAUGCUAAGCUAGCUAGCCUAGCUCCUGCUUUUUGCCGGAGCACACAGAUAAUGUGUGUGCGUCUUUUCAUUUACACUGUCACUGUGUGACAUCCAUCACCUGCGUCUUUAACUGGCUGUGGAUCAUCGUCGGUCACGUUGUCAUCGCUCUGACGGAAUCGAGCAUGAAUCCGAGUGAAACGGUACAAACAACUUUUUAUUUUUCAUUCUUUGUCCUGCAAAGUUGUCGACACGCUUUGUGUUACUUUUUUAAAAAAUGAAGUGUGUGUGUGUGUGUGUGUGUGUGUGUGAAGACCACAAAGCGUAGUCUGGGGUGAAGUGGAGCGAGUGUUGGGAGCCAUUUUGUUUCGCUAAAAGCAAAUAAGGUGAAGGAAAAUCCUGUGUCGUCAUCAUCAUCUGAAUCUUCUGUGUCUUUUACAGACGUUUUAUUAUUUCAUCUUCAUAUUUAAGUUUAGUGCUAUUUUUUUAAAAGCAGGACCUGAAUGUAAUUUGAAACCAGUUCAUUAUUUGCUCUGUUCACAUCAGUCGUUUCCUAAAGUGAAUCCAAACUGUCCUGUCAUGUGACCCAUCCGACUCGAUGCCCCAAAAUACAAAGUGUCUUCACUGUUUAUUGGACUAGAACUUGUCCAUUAAAUGAAAGUCUCAGCUUGUUUUCUUUCUACUUUUUUUUUUUUGCUUUGUUGUUUGUAUUUUGUUUAGUAUUGUGGAUAUAAGAUGUAAAAUGUGACGCCCGUGCUGUUUGCCUGUCUGUACAUUCUCCCCAUCACAGAAAGAAAUUAAACUCUGAAAAGAU